AACCCAAAGCUAACUACAUCACAUGAUGUCUUAGCUGAUGCCUGUCUGAGCUUUCAGGCAAGCAUUAAUAUGGAAGGCAAACCUCAGAAAGGGGAGCCACCAGAGGAACUAAGCAAAGUGGUGGCAAGACAGACAGAAACGUGAACAACAGAAUAUGCCUAAGAGAGCACCCACUCAGCCACAGGCAGUGAAGGGGUCCGCUAAUACAGGAGCUGCUACAAAAAGGAGCCAAGGUAGAGCACAGCCAAGAAAAGGCUCAGCCUCUAAAGCUCCUGCCCCUGUGACCCCUGGAAGGACAGAAAGGACUGCUCCUGCCAUCAAACCCCCUGCUGCCAGAGGGAGACCUAGGGUAGCUGCAAAAUCCUCCAACAACAGUACCAAACGCAUCAACUCAUCAAGCAAGUCCAAACAAGAAGUAUCAGCCAAACCUACUGACACAGUCACAGAGCCAAUGAAAGAAAGUGUCAUUGAGUCCAGUCCAGUAAAUCCCAAGUCUCACGUCCCACGCAUUGGCCUAGCUCGUGCCUUAUGUCGCUCAGAUAAGCAUGAACAAGCAAAAACUCUCUAUCAAGAAGUCAUCUCAAUGUCACCAAAGGUGCAUGAUGCCUACAUUGAGCUUGUGCAGCUGCUGGAGCCCUCAGACCCACAGGCUGCAGUGGAGGUGUACUGCAGAUAUCCUCUGAAGCCAGUGGCUGAACAAACUUUUGAUGAUGCAUUCAUUACAGGAGAGAUUGUCCGAAUUCUUAUGAAGCUGGAGCUAUAUGACCAUCCAGAGCUUGGCUCAAGCCUUGUAGCGUAUGGAAAAGUCAUGGGACUAAGUUGCAUCGAGAAGUACAUAGACAUUUUGGAUGGAAAAUCAAUGAACAAACUGCUAAGAAGUGUCUAUGCAGAGAUGCAUGACAAACCAGAGGAUGACCCUGAACUACAGGACUUUUUUAGAUUUAAAUACUGGUUAUGA